GGUGCAAGCAGUACUAUAUUUCUAAAUGUAUUCCUUGCUUAACACACAAACACAGAACCUGACCGAGGACAAGACAUAAGUCUUCUCUCUCACAGGAUCAGAGGUUGCAGCAAUGGAACUGGUCUCAACAUCAAUUGGCAAGUUUACAGUUGAUCUUUUCAACAAGCUGAAUGAGGCCAACAAGGGCAAAAACAUUUUCUUUUCCCCCUGGAGCAUAUCAUCUGCUCUGGCUCUGAUGUACCUGGGUGCAAAAGGCAAUACAGCAACAGAGAUGGCAGAGGUUCUUCAUUUCACUCAAGCAGCAAGAUCUGAAGGCUCUUCUUCUGUGGCCAGACCUUCUCGGGGGAGACCAAAGAGAAGAAAAAUGGAUCCUGAGCACAAGCAAGCUGAAGAUACUCACUCUGGCUUCAAAGAGCUCCUGACUGCCAUCAAUAAACCCAGAAGCACCUACUCACUGAAAAGUGCCAACCGUAUUUAUGUGGAGAAAACUUUCUCAUUAUUGCCUGUAUACAUACAGCUCAGUAAGAACUACUACAAAGCAGAGCCACACAAGGUUAGCUUUAAGACAGCACCAGAACAAUCCAGAAAGGAAAUUAACACUUGGGUUGAAAAACAAACUGAGGGCAAAAUCAAGAAUUUGCUGGGUCCACGAGAUGUGGUAACCUCCACGAAGCUGGUCCUAGUAAAUGCUGUUUACUUCAAGGCGGAAUGGGAAGUGAAAUUUCAGGAAGGGAAUACAGUUCUGCAACCCUUCCGACUGAGCAAGAACAAGACCAAGCCUGUGAAGAUGAUGUGCAUGAGAAAUACAUUUCCAGUUCUCAUCAUGGAAACAUUGAAUUUCAAAAUGAUUGAGUUGCCAUAUGUGAAACAUGAACUCAGUAUGUUCAUCCUCCUUCCUGAUGACAUCAAAGACACCACUACAGGUCUUGAACAGCUGGAAAGAGAACUGACGUAUGAGAAGCUGUCUGAAUGGGCUGAUUCCAAGAAGAUGACUGAAACUCUCGUGGAUCUGUACCUACCUAAGUUCACACUGGAGGAGAGAUACGACCUCAGUGAUAAUCUGAACAGCAUGGGCAUGCGCAGUGCCUUCAGCACCAGUGCUGAUUUCAGUGGAAUGGCUGAGAAGAGUGACAUGUUCAUCUCCAAAAUUCUUCACAAGUCUUUUGUUGCAGUUGAUGAGGAAGGCACUGAGGCAGCUGCUGCUACUGUAACUGUAACAGUAACAAGCGCACCGGUUGACCAUGUUCUGAAAUUUAAGGCUGACCACCCUUUCCAUUUCUUCAUCAGACACAACAAAUCCAAGAGCAUCCUCUUCUUUGGCAGGUUCUGCUCUCCCCUAGAAUGAGUUAUUACUUGCUUCUAGCCAGCACCCAAGGUUCACUGUUCAAUGGAAAAAUGUGAACUGCAAGUGUUAAAAGCUCAACCUUAAGCCGUGUAGCUGUAUGUACUGAAAGUGUACGUUCUUUUUCUUCCCUCCCAAGUAAGGCAGCACUCAGAAACCACACUGUGCCUCAAAUACCACCCCUCUACUGCUCUUUUCCAUUACCGUAAUCAGACAGCCCUCCACAGAAAACAAAGUGCAGAAUUUUGCUCCCUUGCAUCAAACCUGCUCUUCUGGCUUUGUUAUUUGAGAGUAAGGUGGAGCCAUAAAAGCUCUCUGCACACAGGCUGUCACCCAGCCUUAUGCUAAAUCUUCAAGGGAAGAUAUGACUUGAAGGGAAAUGCAGUUCACCCUCUUGAAUCUCCCAGAGAGGAAAACUAAAUUGUUAGAAACUGAAAAAAAAAAAUUAAUAUGAACCCAGAAUAAUUACAUUCCUCCUCUCCUGACCCUGAAGCUUCAUGAAAAAACAAGGCAGUGAAGACCCUUAUAGUCCAGCCCUUAACAUUUAAUUGCUGACUUCUAAUCUCCUUGCAUUUUUCCUCAUUUUAAUAAACUUUGCAGUUUAAGGUUGCUGAGAGUUCCAACCAGCAAAAAUGCUAAGAAAACUAUGAGCAAUAUGCCUUCUUGCUACCUCUUAUUGACAUGCAAUCUAAAAUAUCGGAAUUCAAAUCUGCUGCCUCUUUUUAAUUUUACCUUAUUAUACCUGUUUCCUGGCUAGUAUCUGCACAGCUUCCUUGCUACCUGUAUUAUUUACCAAUGUACGAUUUGUAACUUAUGAGUGCAUCUCAGAAAAGAUUGUCAUAGUAUUGAUAGAAACACCAGUGAGAUUUUGAUUGAUGCUUUGCUUCAUAAUUUUACCAUGACCUGCAUUUAAUACAAUAAAUUAACUCAGAAUUGUGUUUGUGUUAUUCA